AUGGCUGAGGGUAUCUUUAUCAACCUAGUAAAGGAACGUGGCAUUAUGAAUGAGUGGGAAAUUGGCAGUGCUGCAACAUCAACAUAUGAAAUUGGAGAACCACCUGAUGAUAGAACAAUGACCGUACUAUCGCGUCAUAACAUACAAGAUUAUUCUCAUUUUGCUAGACAGAUUCGUACGGAAGAUUACACAAAGUUUGAGUUUAUCUUUGGUAUGGAUGAGAGUAACAUCAGAAAUAUAAAGCACAUGUCCCCUCGAAAUUCUACUGCUUCUAUCAAUCUGCUAGGAAGCUUUAGUGGAGAUAAGCAGAAAAUAAUUCAGGACCCUUAUUAUAGUCAUAAUUUGACUGCCUUUGAAAAAGUUUAUGAGCAGUGCUUGCAAUCAUGUAAAGGAUUUUUAGAUCACGUUUAUCAGCAAAAUGGUUGA